AUGGCUUUAGAAGUUCUUGAGGCUCUUGAUUCAGCUCGUACACAAUGGUACCAUGUAACAGCCAUUGUAAUUGCAGGCAUGGGAUUCUUCACAGAUGCUUAUGAUCUCUUCUGCAUUUCAACCGUUUCAAAGCUCUUGGGACGGUUAUAUUACUUCGAUCCAACUACAGGCAUACCGGGGAAGCUCCCGCCGACGAUUAACAAUAUUGUCACCGGUGUGGCACUUGUCGGAACACUUACCGGACAACUAGUCUUUGGCUACCUUGGAGACAAACUAGGACGCAAAAAAGUCUAUGGCAUCACACUUAUUCUCAUGGUUGCAUGUGCCAUUUGCUCCGGCCUUUCAUUCGGUUCUUCCGCAAAAUCCGUUAUAGGAACCCUUUGUUUUUUCAGGUUUUGGCUUGGAUUUGGUAUUGGUGGAGACUAUCCUUUAUCUGCGACCAUCAUGUCGGAAUACGCCAACAAAAGAACACGAGGCGCUUUCAUAGCAGCGGUUUUCGCAAUGCAAGGCGUUGGAAUUAUCUUCGCCGGAUUCAUUUCAAUGUUUUUUUCAGCUGUUUUCCGAUCAUAUUACAAAGCUCCAAUAUUCUCAAAAGACGCAGUUUUAUCAACACAACCAGAAGGUGAUUUAUUAUGGCGUUUAGUUCUCAUGAUCGGUGCUGUUCCGGCUGCAAUGACAUACUAUUGGAGAAUGAAAAUGCCUGAAACCGGUCGUUACACAGCAAUCAUAGAAGGAAACGCAAAACAAGCAGCUGCAGACAUGGCUAGGGUUUUAGAUAUCGAAAUCAUAGCUGAACAAGAUAAGUUAGCUGAAUUCAAAGCGGCGAAUGAUUACUCUCUUUGGUCUAGCGAGUUUUUUAACCGCCAUGGACGGCAUUUAAUCGGAACAAUGAGUUGUUGGUUUUUGCUAGACAUUGCUUUCUACAGUCAGAAUUUAACACAGAAAGAUAUUUUUCCUGCAAUGGGACUCAUUGAUAAAGAUUCAGCCAUGAAUGCUAUUGAUGAAGUUUUCCAAACUUCACGUGCCAUGUUCAUCAUUGCAUUGUUUGGAACUUUCCCUGGUUACUGGUUCACCGUUUUCUUCAUUGAAAAAAUUGGAAGAUUCAAGAUACAGCUAGUUGGUUUCUUCAUGAUGUCUUUCUUCAUGUUUAUUAUUGGUGUGAAAUAUGAUUACUUGAAACACGAUAACAAGAACCUUUUCGCUCUACUUUACGGGUUAACGUUCUUUUUUGCUAACUUUGGGCCUAAUAGUACAACUUUCGUGUUGCCGGCGGAGCUGUUUCCGACGCGGGUGAGGUCGACCUGUCACGCUCUCAGCGCGGCGGCAGGGAAGGCCGGUGCUAUGGUUGGUGCAUUUGGGAUACAAUACUAUACCUUGGAUGGUAAGCCAGGUAAGAUUAAACGUGCAAUGAUGAUUCUGGCUGUGACUAAUUUGUUAGGGUUCUUUUGCUCUUUCUUGGUUACUGAAACUAAGGGAAGAUCUUUGGAAGAGAUUUCUGGGGAGGAUGGGAGAGAGAGUGAGCUUACUGCAACACCAAAUGAUAGGGUUUCGGGGACUCAUCAGGAUUCAAGAACUGAGAAGAUGUGA